AUGGGGAUGUUCAGGCCAGGUCGGGCAAGGUCCCUUCUCCUUGCCAUGAUGGCUAUGAUCUUGGUUUGCACAGUCUACCUCUAUUGGUCCCCGAUCAGCGCAUCAUCCUCCGUCUCCGUUGUUCCAAGCACAGCCUUCGAAGUACCCUUAAUAGAACGCCAGAAGGACUUCUGGAAAGCCUUCCGUCCGAUACUCGAGCGCCAUAGCCCCAAUUGUCCAUCACCGCAGAAAUUGGAUGACGCGGGUGCGGGCCAUUUCAACCCCACCGAGGAUAGCCCGCGGCAGGAUAUUACAACAUUGGCAGAGGAGGACCAGAAGGCAAUGGAGGAGGCUCAUGCUAGCUUCGUUGAAAAUAUCAAGGCGGCCGGAAAGGCCCUAAUUCCUGUUCAUACAGCUGGGAAGCGAGGCUUGGUCUCAACAGCGGGUUCAACGUACCUGCCAGUAUUUGUCUCGUCAUUGCGGAUGCUUCGUCGGACUGGAUCCACAUUGCCAGUGGAAGUAUACAUGAAGGAUGCAGGUGAAUACGAAAAGCACAUAUGUAAUGACGUGCUGCCUACCCUCAAUGCACGGUGUCUGGUGAUGGGGGAUGUAGUAGGAAAGGAUAUCAUCGAACAUUACCAGCUCAAGAUCUUUGCAGUACUCUUCUCUUCAUUUGAAGAAAUUGUCUGGAUGGAUGCCGACUGUUUUCCUCUAGGGAAGCCCGAGGAUUUGCUGGAAUCCGAACCAUUCGUCUCGUCGGGCCUGGUGACCUGGCCAGAUUUCUGGAGGUCCUCUGCAUCGCCUUUGUACUACCAGAUCUCCCGCCAAGAGGCGCCACUCAUCACAGCCCGCCAGUCAUCGGAGACCGGUGUCUUCUUGGUGUCGAAGAAGAGCCAUUUCCUCCCACUUCUGCUUGCAGCAUAUUACAAUUACUAUGGUCCAACCCACUACUUCCGGCUGCUGUCCCAGGGUGGACCGGGAGAAGGUGAUAAGGAGACAUUCCUCCAAGCAGCUACGGCAAUGGGGGCGCCGUUUUAUGCCGUGAGUGAGCGAGUACAAGCCAUCGGACAUCAGGUGGGAGAAAAGUUGUCAGGCUCGGCCAUGGCCCAAUCGGACCCCCGAGAAGACUAUGCUCUCACCAAGCAAAAUAAAUGGCGAACUAAAGAUCCCAAUGUGGCACCACCGCCACAUAUCUUCUUUAUUCAUGCCAAUUACCCCAAAUUCAACCCCGGCGACAAUGUCUUCGGAACGGGUUGGGAAACAACCCCCACCUUGAAGGAAGACGGCUCAGAUGGGCGAGCUUGGACAGCUCCUCCUGAGACAAUCCAGCGUUUUGGGUAUGAUAUUGAGAAGACCUAUUGGGAAGAGAUCAAGUUGGUCACAUGUCGUUAUGAAUCCCUCUUCAAAUCUUGGCAACAGAAGGCAGGCCUUUGUCAGAAAGUGGAAGAUUAUUGGUCUCAUGUCUUUGCUGAACCACAUGAUGAUGACCCCAAGUUCAGCCUAGACGGUUGA